GAGGGCAGGAUGUGAUUCAUGCACAGAAUAGGAAUCUUAUCAUAAAGUUUGUCCAUAUCCUUGCUUUGGUGUCUGUGAUUCUGUAUUUAUGGGGCUGUCUAGUUCACUUUGGCAAGUCGUGUUUAAACUUAAAAGCAACUCUCUAACAUCUCCCUAGCCAUUCACCAUCUAACUCACAACAGCUAAACAGUGUGAACUCUCAGCUCAACUUGGAGAUGCCACUUCACUGUGUAGCACCAACACUGGAAAAUUGUAGCCCUCAAAUGAUGGCAGCUCCACCAAAUCUGUCAGAGCCGCACGACAAGGCCUGUCUGGCCUACCCAUUGGGGACCAAUUCACAUUCCUUUCUACAAAGAACAUUAUAUCCCAUAAUCUUGAAGUUUGAAGAUAUUGCAUACAAAGUUGGAGGUGAAAAGAAAGGAAAAUGCAGUGGAGGAAAAUCAAGCACAGGAGAAAAGACAAUACUCAAUGGGGCAACAGGUAUGGUAUGUCCAGGAGAGAUACUAGCUAUGCUGGGUCCAUCAGGUAGUGGGAAAACUACCCUCCUAACAGCACUUGGAGGCCGUCUUUAUGGUAACUUGUCUGGGAGGAUCAGUUACAAUGGCCAGCCUUUUUCGGGUUCCAUCAGACGUCUAACUGGAUUUGUCUCACAAGAUGAUGUUCUAUAUCCUCAUCUUACUGUAAAAGAAACACUUUUAUUCACAGCACUACUGAGACUACCCCAGACACUUAGCAGGGAGAAGAAACUGCAGCAUGUGGAGCAUGUUAUUACAGAGCUGGGGUUAACUAAUUGCAGGAAUAGCAUGAUAGGAGGGCCAUUGUUUAGAGGAAUAUCAGGUGGGGAGAAAAAGAGGGUAAGCAUAGGCCAGGAGAUGCUAAUCAACCCAAGCUUACUGCUGCUAGAUGAGCCUACUUCAGGUCUGGACUCAACCACUGCUCUACGGAUCCUAACCACAAUCAAACGGCUAGCAAGCAGAGGACGAACAGUGGUAACCACAAUUCACCAGCCAUCUAGCCGGCUUUACCAUAUGUUUGAUAAGGUAGCUUUGCUAUCUGAAGGCUGCCCCAUCUACUAUGGCCCUGCAUCAAAUGCCUUGGAGUAUUUCUCUUCAAUUGGUUUCUCUACAUCUGUUACAGUCAAUCCUGCUGACCUGAUGCUCGACCUUGCUAAUGGUAUUGCACCAGAUUCCAGGCAUGAAAUUGAGCAAUGCAACAAUAUGGAACAGGACCAACAAUCUAUAAGAGAAAUUCUAUUAUCUGCUUAUGAUAAGAACAUCUCAGCGAGGAUAAAAAUUGAGCUAUGUAGUUCAGAUGCCAAUGACUACAGCCAUUCCAAGGAUGUUUUCAGAAGAACUCAUACGAAAGCAGAGCAAUGGUGCACAAGCUGGUGGCAUCAAUUCAAGAUCCUUCUUAUGAGGGGGCUAAGGCAGCGGAGAUAUGAUGCCUUCAACAGGUUACGAAUAUUCCAAGUCCUGACUGUUGCAUUUCUAGCUGGGCUUUUAUGGUGGCAAACUCCAACAUCCCAUAUUGCAGAUCGAAUUACAAUGCUAUUCUUCUUCGCUGUGUUUUGGGGCUUCUAUCCACUCUACAAUGCAGUUUUCACAUUUCCUCAAGAAAGAGCAAUGCUAAUCAAGGAAAGAUCAUCAGGAAUGUACCGCCUUUCAUCCUACUUCCUAGCUAAAACAGCGGGAGAUCUACCACUGGAACUUGCAUUACCAAUAGCAUUUACCUUCAUCCUUUAUUGGAUGGGCGGGCUCAAAGCCGAGCCUCUCACCUUCAUCCUCUCCCUUCUAAUAGUCCUUUACAGUGUCCUCGUUUCCCAAAGUCUCGGAUUGGCUUUCGGUGCCAUACUCAUGGAUGUAAAGCAAGCCACCACGUUAGCAUCGGUUACAACUCUAGUCUUCCUCAUUGCUGGAGGAUACUAUGUCCAACGAAUCCCCCCUUUCAUUGUCUGGUUGAAAUACUUGAGCUACAGCUACUACUGCUUCAAGCUUCUUCUAGGGGUUCAGUACAGCGAAAACGACUACUAUGAGUGCUCAAAAGGAGCAUACUGCCGGGUCGUAGAUUUCCCGGCUGUCAGUUCAGUUGGACUCAACCAUUUGUGGAUAGAUGUAUCCAUCAUGGCAAUGAUGUUGGUAGGCUAUCGCCUUAUUGCAUAUCUAGCACUCUACCGAGUGCAAUAAAGAGGUUUCAGUACUAGGGGACCACACUGUCACAAAAUGAAGUUUGAACUUUGAAGAGUUUUCUAUUUCUAAAUCUUUGUCAAUCCAUAUCCAUUAUCAGA